AUGGUGGCCGCCAGCCUGGGGACAGGGAUGUCCCUGCAGCGGGAGAUGGAGGCCGGGCGCGUGUUCCUGGCCGACUACGCGCUGCUGGAGGGGCUCCCCACGGGCACCAUCGGGGGGCACCCCCAGUUCGUGGCCGCCCCCCUGUGCCUGCUCUGGCUCUGCCCCCGCGGCCGCCUCCUGCCCGUGGCCAUCCAGCUGUCCCAGCGCCCCGGGCCGGGCUCCCCCAUUUUCGUUGCCGGGGGCCGGGGCUGGGCCCUGGCCAAGCUGUGGGUGAGGGGCGCGCACUUCGUGCUGCACGAGAUGGUGACGCACCUGCUGCACGGCCACUUCCUGGCCGAGGCCUUCGCCGUGGCCACCCAGCGCCUGCCCGCCGCGCACCCCGUGCACCAGCUCCUGCUGCCCCACGUGCGUUUCACCUUCCACAUCAACAUCCUGGCGCGGGAGACGCUGCUGAGCCCCGGUGGCAUCAUCGACCAGGCCACCGCGGUGGGCCGCGAGGGCACGCUGGCGCUGGUGGCCCGCGGCACGGCGGCGCUGACGCUGCGCGAGCUCUGUGUCCCCGAUGACGUGGCCGCGCGCGGCGUUGGGGACAUCCCCGGCUACCACUACAGGGACGACGCGCUGGACAUCUGGGACGCCAUCCACGGCUACGUGGAGGGGAUCGUGGCGCUGUUCUACGCCGGGGACGCGGAGGUGGCCGAGGACGAGGAGCUGCAGGAGUGGGUGGGCGAGAUCUUCACCUACGGCGUCCUGGGCAACGAGGAGAGCGGGUUCCCGUCCAGGCUCUGCGGCCGCCCCGAGCUGGUGAAGUUCCUGACCAUGAUCAUCUUCUGCUGCUCCGCCCGGCACGCGGCCGUCAACAGCGGCCAGUACGACUACGCGGCCUGGAUGCCCAACACGCCGGGCACGCUGCAGCGGCCGCCGCCGGGCAGCGAGGACGAGGCCAGCGAGGAGCUGCUGGUGGCCACGCUGCCGUCCCCCGAGGCCACCGGCGCCCUGCUGGCCCUGCUGAGCGUGGUCAGCUACGAGGGGGGAGAGCCGCGUCCCCUGGGCUCGCGCUCGCAGGACCUGCUGGCCGGGCGGGCCCCGCGGCGCCUGCUGGCCGCGUUCCGGGCGCGCCUGGCCGCCAUCUCGGAGCGGAUCCGCGCCCGGAACGCGGCGCUGGCCCUGCCCUACCCCUACCUGGAGCCCGGCUGCGUGCAGGAGAGCAUCUCCAUCUGA